AUGGACAGAUCACUGUGGAAAUGGAAGAGGCCCUUUGAUGCUCGUUUCACUUUUGAUUCUUACUUCUACUUGGACAAGAAGAGGACUGUGAAGGUGCCUAUGAUGAAAAUUAAGGACUUGACUACACCCUACUUCCGGGAUGAGGAUCUGAACUGCUCUGUGGUGGAGCUGAAGUACACAGGCAAUGCCAGUGCCCUGUUCAUCCUCCCUGAUGAGGGCAGAAUGCAGCAGGUGGAAGCCAGCUUGCAACCAGAGACCCUGAGGAAGUGGAAGGACUCUCUGAGGUCCAGUAUGAUUGACGAGCUCUACAUACCCAAGUUCUCCAUCUCCAGUGACUACAACAUAGAGGGCAUCCCUCAACAGCUGGGUAUCAGGGAAGUCUUCUCCACACAGGCUGACCUGUCUAGGACCACAGGGGCCAAGGACCUCAGAGUCUCUCAGGUGGUCCACAAUGUUGUGCUGGAUGUGGAUGAGACAGGCACAGAAGCAGCUGCUGCCACAAGGGUCAGAGCUUUGGGAUCAGCUCUAAUUUCUAACCCUAUGAAAAUGAAUUUCAGCAGUGUAUUCCUGAUGAUGGUUUCUGACACAAACAUUCAGACUCCACUCUUUAUGGCCAAAGUCACAAAUCCUAAGGGAAACUAG